CAGCAGCGGCCACCCCGGCUCCGCGGCUCGGGGGCACUGGCGGCUGCCUGCGGCUCCGAGACACCCGCCGCGCCCGGCGCCCGCCCGCAGGGCAGGGAGGAGGCGGCGCCCGCGCCAGUCCGGCGCUUUCCCUGGGAGGUGCAUGUUUGUAUCAGUGACAAGAUGACAAUUCAUAUUCUUACCAAAAGAUCCAGUGAGUCAUCUUAUUAACUCUACUGAAAUACAUGCUUGGCAACACUCCUACCACGUUAACCAACUGACUUCACGAUGACUGAGGGCUUAGAUUCCAGAUUGAGUAACCUCACUUGGGAUCAGAUUAGAAUAUUGGAUCAAGUACUAACUGAAGUAAUACCUAUUCAUGGAAGAGGAAAUUUUCCAACACUAGAAAUAAAACCAAAGGAUAUUAUUCAUGUUGUAAAGGAACAACUGAUUGAGAAGGAAAUCAGUGUUAGAGACAUCCGCCUGAAUGGUUCAACAGCUAGCCACAUCCUUGUAAAACAAAAAGGAACUAGCUACAAGGAUUUAGAUAUCAUUUUUGGUGUUGAACUUCCAAGUGAACAUGAAUUUCAGGUUGUUAAGGAGGCUGUUCUGAAUUGCCUACUGGACUUUUUACCAAAAUGUGUCAAUAAAGAAAAAAUCACUGCUCAGACUAUGAAGGAUGCAUAUGUGCAGAAGAUGGUCAAAGUCUCCACUGAUCAUGAUCGCUGGAGCCUUAUCUCAUUGUCAAACAACAGUGGCAAAAAUGUAGAACUAAAAUUUGUAAACUCGCUCAGACGACAGUUUGAAUUUAGCGUGGACUCUUUUCAAAUUAUCCUGGAUUCCAUAUUAAAUGUUUACAGUGACACAGACUGUGAAUUGACAGAAGACUCGCAUCCUACUGUUGUUGCAGAGAGCAUGUAUGGUGACUUCAGAGAGGCAAUGGACCAUUUAAAAUACAAACUUAUUUCCACGAGGAACCCUGAGGAAAUCAGAGGUGGAGGCCUUCUGAAAUACAGCAAUCUCCUGGUUCGUGAUUUUAAGCCAGCAGAUGAGGCUGAAAUCAAAUCUUUGGAACGUUACAUGUGUUCCAGAUUCUUCAUUGAUUUUCCUGAUGUGGCUGAGCAGCAAAGGAAAAUUGAGUCAUACCUGCGCAACCACUUCAUUGGGGAAGAAAAGAGUAAAUAUGACUACCUGAUGACGCUGCGUGGAGUUGUAAAUGAGAGUACAGUCUGUCUCAUGGGACAUGAACGAAGACAAACUCUGAACAUGAUUACAAUUCUGGCUUUAAAAGUACUAGGAGAACAAAAUAUCAUCCCAAAUGCAGCCAAUGUUACAUGCUACUAUCAGCCUGCUCCAUAUAUCAGUGAUAGAAACUUCAGUAAUUACUACAUUGCUCAUGGACAGCCACCUAUCAUCUACCAGCCAUACCCAUUUCACAUACAAAUGCAAAGUGGCAUGGUUUAGAAAAACAUUAACCUCUCACUGCACACCCACCCCCUUCCAAUACUUUCCACAAUAAAGGCCUCGUUAAAGCAAGUUUUACUAUCACUUUUGAUUUUAGGACUUUCUUGCAGAUUGCCAUCGGUCUUGAUCAGUCAGUAUGUAAAAUCAUUGUUACACACGGCAUCAGAUAAGUUAUGUACAUGUAUAAUUGCUAGUCACUAUUCUACAAAUUCAUGAUGCUCUUCAUAUUUUCCUAAAACAGAAAUACUCUGUGACUGAGUUUUACAUUCCUUUGAGCCAAAAAGUGAAAGAUAUAAACAGUUCUAAUUUUACAAAGUACUAUAGACAGUGGUUCUAAAGAAUUCUUCCCUAUAAUUUAACCAGUGUAAUUGGAAAAAUAUGCUAAAAGGUUGUUCAGUAGAAAGACCUGAUUUUGAAGUCAACAGAUUUAAAAAAACAUUGGCAUUAAAGAUAUAGUAAACAAACUGGACCAAAUUUGUCAGCUGUACCCAACUCAAAUACAGUUGGAGUUGCAGUGCAUUUUGGAAUUUGCACUGGUCGACUGACAUUGUUAAAUAUCCCAAUAGGUUAAAUUCUGCUUUCUGGGUGCAAGCCAGCAAGAUGCCAAACAACUCUCAACUCCCAUUAAAGACAUUAGUACUUGAGGAUAGUUUCCUCACCUGUGUGCUGCUCAACACCUAACAAGAUUAAUUAACACCGUAGCCCAAUUCUACAAUCUGGGUCCACCCAAAAUUCCCCCUGAUUUCAUUGAGAGAUACGGGUAGCCAAGGAAUGCAAGGCUGGCCUCUUGGUUUGAAUUCCACACAAUAGAAGUUUUUAAGCAGGUGAUUUAGUCAUUCUGCUCAAAUAGUCAUGAAAAGUAAGCCAAAAUCAUGAGGGAGAAGGUGCCUAUUCUGCACAUGGAUUUUUUUUUUCCGUAGAUAUUUAAUAGUGACCAGAAAUAAAAUAAGCUAAAUGAAUACCAAAUGGUAAUCAGGAAAAAAAAGGGACUGUGUGAUUUUUAAGUGAUUUUAAAACCAUGUUCUUAGCAGGGGCAUUUGAUAUACUAUUUUAUACUAGAAUUGUCCUGUAUAUGCUUAGACGUCUGUGCACAUACAAUAGUAGCAAAUCAAAAUCUCUCUCAUGAUCAGGAAAUACAAAAAAACAAAACAUUAGUUUUUUUUUAGUGUGUUUACCAAAGAUAAGUUUCAAACAUGUCACUUAAGUGCCUCCCUGUGCCAGUUGUUCCAUGAAAAGUGUAAUGUAUUUUAGAAUAUGUCAUGCUAGAUAGCUCCUGAAAGAGAAAUGAGGGUACUUGAAACAUUGUGGUUGGAACUCCAUCUCUGGCUUACAAAAUAUCCUCUUCUAUUAAAAAGUGGUCCAGUCCUGCAGCACUGAAGUCAAUGGAAAUUGUACCAUUCACUUCAAUGUGUUAGCACCACAAUCCUACUCCCAUUGAAACAAGCCAAAUUCAGCAAUUGACUCCAAUGCAAGGAGCGGAUAUUGGAAAAGCUCACUAAUGAAAAACAUAAUUAGAGUAGAUUUUGUUUCAAAAUAUAAGCUGUAAGCCAGUUGAAAAAUUCAGCAAGAGGUAUUGCUAGUUCUGAUGCUUCGUAUGUCACUUGCUUAUCCUUAGAGCUAAUGAUAAAAUGAUGCAUCAUUUUACAUCAUGUUAUGCAAACCAAAGUAUUGACUACAUUUUAUUUGAGUUAAUGUAUGUAUUGGUACAUUAAAUCAUACAUUUCCAAAUUUAUAUUUCUAAGAUCUAUGGUCUGUAAUUAUCCGCUUGCCAAUGAAAAGUAACUUUACUGAGGCCCACUUAUGAUCUCGCCAGUAGAUUAAAAAACUGUUUGUAAGACUGUUUUGUUGAUUUUUCCCUCUUGAGUGAAUUCCUUUCAGUAUAAUGUAGUGCAAUAUAAAACCACUCCAUACUAUGGAAUGAUGUACAUGAAAUGAUUGUAAGAGGAAUAAGGGUGCAAUAAUCUAGUUGGAGGCAAAUGAACAGUGCAAUGUCUUUCAUGAAUACAUUAUCUGGUUUUUUAUUGAUUUAUCAAAUAUGUCCAAUUGCAUGUCUCAGGGCACAUUUAGUUCAAUUUUACCAGUAUGAUUAUGAUCUUACCACUUGUGUCAAUUGUACUUAAUAAAAUAGGCACUUUUAAUUUCUAUGUUACUGUACUGCUGUAUGGAACUGAAGCACUUCCAAAAAAAUUCCACUAGUAAAAUAGUGGUCCACAUACACAGUGCAGUACAUUUCUAACAAUAGAACCUGUGAUUUUCAUCUGCUUUCCACCAAAAGGAAUAGUGCUGUAUACUGCUCCAUAAUGCCAUUUAUACCAUGCCUCUUCUGGUACUUAUGAUUGUACUUAAUUUUCAGCGCAUCUGCAAUCUCAUUGACUUCCAUGAGACUAUUUAUUAAAGUUAUGCACAACUAAUUUUCAAAGGAGCCUAAGCUGGACAGUUGAGCAAAUCUCAUGGAAUGUCAGUGGGAUCAGGGUUCUUCUGAAAAAUCCCAAUCCCACUAUUAUAAAUGAUUACAGGUUUGGGGGUACUGAUAUGGUGAUUUUAUACUAACCGAAACCAAAAAAAAAUGUAAAGCUUCCUUAGCUGUGAUGGGAAUUUUGUGGAGAAAUUUGAUGACCUAAAGAAUCAAAGCAUAGAUCCAUAAAGAUGGAGGGUUUUCUUACAUCCCUUACACAUCCAACACAUCAGUAACUGGAGAAACAUUUAAGAAUGUUAUCAGUUUGUACUAACAAGUAGUAGUAUCAUAAUGCAACAUUUCUGUGUAGUAGGACUAUAACGCUUAUUUGGUUAGUGAAGAAAUCCUUGUUUAAAAGUACAGCUAAUGGUGAAAUAGCUGCAGAUAUGUAUAAACUAACUAGUGCUAUCAUACAGCAACUGCUCAGAUUUUCUUUUCUGGAUUUUUUUAAGUACUUGACACAUCUCUGUUUAAAUCCAGGUUAGACAAUGAGGGACUGAUCCAGAAGUCACUGAAGUUACUGGAAUAAAUCUAGUUGGCUUAAGUGGGCUUUGGAUUUGAUUGUAAGGGAACAUAAAGGACAUAUUUAUAGUACCUACAGGUAAAUGUAUAAAAGACAUCAAUAUGCAAAAAUGUCUCAGGUAUAAAUAAACCCUUUUAAUUUAUUAAAAAGGUCUUGUAUUUCUUAGGUAGAGGUAGUCAUUCAAUUAUGAAGGCUAUUGGGGGGGUAAUGAUUUGAUACACACACAUACACACACACAUUAUAUAUACAUACACAAACAAUUAAAAAUAUAACUUUUUAAACGUUUCAUUGAACAGAUCAUAUAAAUAAUUAGCAGCAGUAUCAAACCUGGAGAUUUUUAAAGACAGUACUGAUUCUGUAAAUUAAUAUUAGAGACAGGGAUGUGACAUAUACAUAUAUGUAGACUGCUGCUUGAACAACAUUGACAUCAACAUGUAAAAUAUGAUACUGUAACCUCUUCUCCAGUCCUUAUCUAUUUUACUAUGUGCAAAUAUAAAUCUCUACAAAGAAUUAAUUCUGAGACAUUUUUCGGUACCAGUAUCUUGAGCUUCAUGUUUACAUUAUUAACUUGUUGUUACAAUCUGUUUAAUAAUUAUAACAAUUGGGAAAUGUAAUGCCAAUUUUAUUUAAUCAUAUUCAAAAGUUCUCAAAGUUUACAGUUUAAAGUAAUCUAAUGUUGUCAGGAUGUAAGUGUAAAAGUUUCAAGUGCUUUCUUAAAAAUGUCAUUUGAAUUUUGUGUUAUAUUGUAAAAGGUCCAUUUGAAGCAUA